UGUUGGACUUUGCCCCUCCCUGCAGCGCAACAGUCAGGGGAACACUAACACACACACUAACACACAGACACACACUAACACACACACUAUCACACAGACACACCGGGCUCCUGUGAGCGGCAGAGAGAGGGAGGCAGCCUGCGGAGCGACUCGCACUGAGGAACAUCAAGUCCCAACUUGAGCGCCCUCCUGCCCGGCCCUCCUGCCCGGCCCUCCUGCCGCGGCGCAUAGCUGACUCCCAGGCCGGGCGAGGGGCGGGGGGAAGGCGGGACGCUGUGCCAGUGAGAGGGCACGGACAGAACUCACUCUGUUUCCCUGGGAAUCACCGAACGCAAGCUCAUACAGGGGGGGACAGAGCUUGUUGCAUGGUUGUGACACCACCGGGGAAUGGACGAAUCAGGGUCCUGGUCGGAGACGUCAAAUCCUGAAGGAACCUUGGCACCAUCAGGGAGGAAAGCCAAAGGCAAGGCGCCUCUUCCUCCGGGAGAAGGAAAAUACUCGGAAAAUUCCCCAUCCUUUGACUCUUCCGACAGCCAUCAUUUCAGCAUGGACCAGAAGGAAAACAUCAUUGAUCGAGACAUUGAUCUCACUGUAGUUCUACCUGGAGAGAAGACCGCAAUGGCUACGGUUCAUGGCAGCAAACCAACCCUCGACCUGCUGAUAUUCCUGUGCGGACAGUAUCGUUUAAACCCAUCCUCCCACACUAUAGACCUGAUUUCAUCAGAAGGAAGCCAGAUCAAGUUCAAGCCAAACACACCUAUUGGAAUGCUAGAAGUGGAAAAAGUCGUUUUAAAAUCAAAAGUUCCAGACGACAAAAAUAAAAAGCCCUUUCCUGCCGCACCAGAGCAAACUGUUCGAGUUGUGAUAAAUUACAGGAAAACACAGAAGACUGUUAUGAGAGUCAGCCCACAAGUUCCUCUUCAUGAGUUCUUCCUCUCCAUCUGCAAUAAGUGUGAGUUUGAUCCAGUGCACACCGUGCUGCUAAAGGACCAUCAGUCCCCAAGGCCCCUGGAUUUAAACAAGUCUUUAAAUGAUCUUGGCAUAAGAGAACUGUGUGCAGUAGAUCGCAGCAAAGCUACUUCUCCAUCAGAUUUGAAGCCCCCACCUUUGCAAGAAGCCUGCCAAAAUUUGGAAGCCAAGCCGCAUGAAGACAAAGGAUUCUUCAAUUUUUUUCGUAGGAGUAAAAAGAAACGAGAUCAAACAUCCAGUGCUCCAACAACCCCUCAGCUCAAUAAAGCAAGAUUCGAUGCAGCACAGCGGAUAAAUAUGGUUCCCAAAUCCUACGAUUCAAACACCAUGCCCUCUAUGCCCUCUGAGCUGCCAAAGAAAAGAAGGGCCCCGCUGCCACCUAUGCAUCCUCCCCAAAGUGCCCAAAACAGCAUAUCCCGCGGGCAAGUGCGGACCUCCUCUUGCAUUGUGAAAUCUACCCUUCAUGAAACUGAAAAGGCUGUGCCAGGAAUUGACAGAUCACGGACCGGUUCACUGCAACUUAGCGGGUCAUCUUCUUUUAAUUCCCCUUUAAGAAGAACAAAGCGCAAAGCUCCACUGCCGCCAUCGCCGCCACCAAAUUCCUCUCAAGAUGGCAAUUAUGAAAAUGGGACUGAAAAAGCACAAGUGUCUGAAGAAGUUAUUUACGAGAAGAGGGUUUCAGAGGAAGAACGCCAAGACACCACAGCUCCAGCAGCUGAUAUCUCUGAGCCGCCUCUGGAAGACAUUAAAGAAAAGGAAGAAACUACUUUCAGUUACGAGAUAGAAAGCGAGGGAGAUAAAACAGAGGACGUGUCUGUGUCGUCCGUAUCUACAGAUGCGAUGGGCGAUGUGGCCGAGGAAUCGUUUCAUUCAGGAUCUGACAUGGCAAACGGCUCCAAAACCUCAGAAGAGGAAAUAAUGAUAAUCAGUGACAAGUCUUCUCCUGUCAAGGUUGAUGACAUUGCCGCUGGGAGUGCUACACUUGAAUAUGAUCACAAGAGUCACAUUGGGAACGGGACAUCAACCCAGAUGACAAAAACAGAAGAUGAUACCCGAGCAACUAAGAUUAAAAUACUUCAUAUUAUAACUGAGCUGCAAACACUGCCUUGCGUGGAGCAUAGUGAACAUAUGAUCACUGAUAUUCAGGACAAUGCCACAGUUUCAGUUAGUGAAACAGAAGGCACUUUGGACCACAGUAGCCCAACAAAAGCCAAAAUGCAGGACUCGGCUGUUCAGACAGUCAGUUUUGACAGUGGUGUAGAAAUGAAUGGUAUAAAGGAGUCUUCACAAACUGUAGAGCCUUCCUUAGAACAUUUAACUGUGUCACACAAGGAUGUGGAAAUCAAUGGCCAGUCACCUGUGCCACCUCAAGUUACUCAUCAACAUGUCGAGGUUUCUAAAAAAGAACUACAGGCCCCAGAAGUAGAGAAGACCAGCAUGGAAAUUCCAAGUGCUAAAGAAACCAUGCACACUCAAACUGACAUUGAAAUGGAAAAGAUGGUGGAAAGCCCUUUAAAAUCUCCAUCAAAAAGCCACCAGUUAUAUAUACAGGAUUCAGAGCCUAAACCUAAACCUUCCAAUGAAAUUACAAGGGACUACCUACCUAAAAUUGGUAUGACUACUUAUAAAAUAGUGCCACAAAAAUCUUUUGAUGCCGAGACUGAAAAUGGAAACUACGAUUCAUCGGCUCAGCAUGACAAAUGGUUACAAAGUCCUACAGGGACUAAAAAUGUGUCUCCUAUCCAGGCAGCUAGGGAAGCUUUCUUCAGCGAGCUCUCUUCAGCAGUUAAAAAUGGAAGUCAUUCUCCUCAGCUUAAGGCAAAAGUGAAUCCUAUGAACUUGACAUAUGUAAAUAACACUGUAACAAGUCCGAAGGAGCAUCCUGGAUUAACAAGGAGCUUGUCGUCGGCACCUGUUUUAAAAUCAGAAAAAUCAAAUGUCCCAGAGACAAAACCAGUUUCAGUGAAAGCCCCAAGUUCUUUCUAUUUGCAGAUGCAAAGGAGAGCUUCAAGCCUGUAUGUGACCUCCGCUGCUGCUAAAGUGCCCAAGCCUUCAAGCAGUCCUACUAAUAACACAUUUAUUAACUUAGGAAAAGAUACUUUGCCAACAACGAUAAAAACAUUACCUCCUAGUUUGGAGGCUGCACAGGUGACUACUAAGCAAGAAGAGAAUAUUUCUGAUGGCAGUAUGUUAUGUGCUGAAAACAAGUCAUUGCAGAGAAAUUUAGAACCUGUAGCUGUAUCGCAGAUAACAAGUAAAACACCUUCUCCCAGAGAAGAUAUAUACCUUCCUUCUUCAGGACAUAAUGAUCUACACAGAGACAAGCCAACACUGGAAGAAAUGGAGUCUGAAGUCCAAAGUCUCAGAGAGUGUUCACAGCUAACACAAAAGCCUAGACUAGAUGUUCGGUUGCCUUCAAUAAGUGAGGAUGAACAGGCAAAGGGCUUAACGGAAGAGAGAAUGGUUGAGACUGUUUCUGGAACCUUCUCGGUGGCUACAAACAGUGUCUACACAUCUCUGAAUAUUACUGAAAUGGAUAACAAAUUUACACACGCCAACAGAGAAAGCUUCAUAGUUAAUGCUGGUGAAGAGCAUCUGGAAAGUCCUUCAUUCAGUGCUAAGAUUGAAAGUGAGAAUUCUCUAUCUGCUGGAGUGAAAAAUUUUGAAGUGAAGACUGAGCCCUUAAAUGUAUCGCCAGAGGUGACCAAACACUUUGAUGUUGAAGACAAAACAAGACACUAUGAGGACUCCCUGACAUCAUCUAGUCAAACUGUGAGGUCACCAAGCUCUCCAACUGGGCCGGCUGUUACAAUGAGUUUGCAAAAACUGAGGACUUUCGCCACCCCUCGACCGUUUUCAAGUUGUAAUUCUUCAUCUUUUGCUCCUACCAGUUCGCUAGCAAUAAGACGGUCGCAGUCAUUUACCUCCAGUUCAGCACCCGUGAAGCAACCUUUAAAAUCUACUGGUUGGACCUCUGUUGUUUCUCCAACUGAAGCAGAAUUCAGGAAUGACUCCUCUUCAUUCUCUGAAAAUUCACAGGAGCAGUCUGAAGAUCGGACACUAACCCCUGAAAUAAAAUACAGAGUGCAUAGCCCGCCACCAGUUGCAGAGAAAAAGACUACUGUAUCUUUUGACACUUCUGACCCAGAACUCAUCCGGCAGAAUUUACUGGCUGCCAUUCGCUCUGGAGAAGCUGCCGCUAACUUGAAAAGGGUUCCUGUCCAGUCAAAUACAAUAUCAAUAAAUGGAAGAUCUCGACUGAGUCAUCCCGUUUUCUCCGAGACACAAGAAGAGCUUUAGAAGUGCCCAGAAUUCAUCAUUGUUUGUCUCCGACCAUUGCUUAUCUCUUCAUAACAGUUGAAAAGUCCAAGUGUUCUGAGUUAAACGGAAGUGUAUGUUAAUAUAUUAUGCAAGGAUCUCAGUAAUGUUCUUGGACAGAGUUUUGAAAAGCAAAUAAUUUAUUUAACGUUGAGAGCCUGCAGGAGUUUGUUAUUGGUGAAGAUUUCAUUUUAAAGUUUAGUAAAUAUUGUUCAUUUCAAGCCUGCAUUUAUGAAAGGACAUGUACUAAAAUGAAAGUCGAUCUUAAGGUGAACAGCCGUCACACAUAAAUCAGUGAAUAUAUAUAUAUUAUUGUAUGUGUAGACAUGUACUAUAUGCUCAGUUUCUGCAUCCCUUCAGGACCAUGGGUUUUUUGUUUUUUUUUCAUUCACUGCCAUCCCUAUUCAUGAACUACAACUCCCAGUGUGCUUUCCUACUUGGGUGGGACUUGUAACCAGUUUUUCAGCUUUUAAAAGGCAAAUGAACACUGGUGCUCAGCUAUAAUUAACCAAUACUUUAACAUAUAAUCAAGGAUUAAAGUAAACUGGGAGCUGUGUUCCAGCAACAUCAGGUAUAUGGCUCAAAACUAACAGAAAAAUCCUUGAGUGAAAGUCCCACCUGAUCACUGUAAACCUGACUCCAUGGUCUAUGUUCCUGCAAGUGGAGCUGGAAGCUGCAUUUGCAAUUAAGCUCAUUAACUAUAGGCAACUAGGGGUGCAUUGGAAGGAUUAGACCGCUUGAAAUCAAACAUUAAAAAGGGGUCACAAUGCUGUUUAGGUUAAUUGUUCCAGUAUUAAGAGAAGACGGGACAAUCUUUGAAGAAUCCUCUUGCACGUAGGUUCUUGAUCAGAAGUGCUAGAAAAAAUAUCUAACAGUGUUACUUUAAAUAUCCAUUCUUGAUGUUGCUAGAGCACCCUUCCCAUGAUUCAUUUACCCUUGAUAAAGUUUGGAGUAUGAAGGGACAUUUUGGAGCCCCAGGCCACCCUGAGGGCCAUCUCGAUGCAGCCCCCUUCACCCUGUAUCUCUUGGGGGGGGGUUGCAUAGAUAGAAGUUACCAGGGGUGGAUUAUUGCCACCCUGGUAACUUGCCACCUGUGGUGAGAUUCUCAGCUCACUUUAUGGCAGCAACGCCCCUGGUAUUAUGCUGGAAGUUCUGAUCUGUCAGUGUUUGGGUUACCCAUGGUUGGCCAACAUUGUUCAUGCGCCCUUUACACAGAGGAGCUCAGCCAAUUGAAAAAUCUACAAGAAGUUUCACACUCAUUCACACAAAUGAUUUCAGCCAAAAUGGUUGGGUAAAGUUGCAGUUUCCUGCAACCGUCAUGUCACCUGACCACCGAGACUGACUGCAGCUGCAGUUCUUGUCAUCGUCUCUAUGGUAAUCUCUGGAAUCUGCACUAUUUCAAGGGAAAGAUUCAUUCCAUGUAAAAGUUUUUUGUUGAAUUAAAAUCUAAUUUCUGACUUCCUAUUGCCUGCUGGGGGAAAAAACAGCAUAUAUAUAUAUUAAGCCUUCCUUUGGAAAAUGGUAUAUAUAACUUAUAGUACCUAUAUUAGAACAACUUUCAUUUUAGCAUCAAUGUCUCGUUGCUAAAUUCUUUCUGGUCUGCCUUUAGAGACUGUAAAUUUAAUUAAUGAAUCCUCAACGAUUUUUGUUUGAGUUCAAAUGAUGUAAUUUUUUUUUUUUCCUUUGAAAGCAACUGCUUGGUGAUAAAUGUAUAUACUGUAACUGCCAUCGUUGCCUUCUCUGUUACACGGUUAAAUUAAGCAAGUCUGCAAUUAGCAGCGUUGAAAUAAAAUAUUUAAAAUAACAUACGAUUAUACUUAUGUUAGUGCUGGGGGAAUAAGUCUAUUUUGUUUUUGUCUUUUCCAACAUUUAUUUAAACUGUGUAAAUUCUUCGAUUACAUCCACACAAAUUCACAAUCUAUUCUCCUGUAUUUCCAGCACGCAAAUGCUUUUUUUUUUUCCAGCGAUUGCCGCCUAAAAGCUUGACAGAUCCAUAAAGAUCCAAAGAACUUUUUUAUUUAACAGAGGGAGAUAAGGCCACUACUUCAUGCAAAGGUGCUCUUCUGAGCUACUUGCUAUUUACAUUCGUUUUUUAUUAUCGUUAUUAUUGAUCUUGCCACAUUGAGCUUUAGGGCUAAGAAGUAUCAGGAGUCACCUUCCUGCAUCACAGACUUACCCCCGUAUGUAUGUAAUAAUAAAAAGGCACUACGUUUGCCCAGGAGCAGUAACCCAUAGCAACCAAUCAGAUGUCUGCUUUUAAACAGGUGACCAUAUAAAUGCUACCUGCUGAUGGGUUGCUAUUGGUUACUGCUGCUGGGCAAACGUAGUGCUUUUUAUUACAUAAGAUAUUACCGCUCAUAUGUAAUAAAAGGCACUAAGUUUACAUAGUAGCAGUAACCCAUAGCAACCAAUAAGAUGUUUGCUUUUAAACAGUAAAUGCUACCUGCUGAUCGGUUGCUAUGGGUUACUGCUCCUGGGCAAACUUAGGGCCUUUUAUUAGGUGGUCUACCCAGACAGAAUGGCAUAGGGGCGCUCCAGUUAUAAAUUCAUGACAUCGUAAGGGUAACACUUCUAAUGUUAUAAAAAAAAAUUAAUGUAAAUGGUAAAAUUUUGAUUUAUUCUAAGCAGGGCCUUAAUAAUCUACAGUCUAAGCACUAGAUGGAGAACAAUAUUUCCAUGCUCUGCCUUAUGGACAAUCGCCUUUAAAAGAAAAACACAUUUUAAAGCCUGGUUUAUCUUUUUUUUUUAACUUUCCCUUUAAUCAGGCCGUCACUUUCUGUCACUGAACAUGCUUUCUGUGCAAAUUGGAGCGAGAGUUUACCAUAUUGCUUUUUAUAGCCAAGAUCGAGAUCUGAAUGAAAUGGCACCUCAAGCUGUGAGCGUAGGUAUAGUCUUCUGGAUAUCUAUGGAGGUUGAAGCAAUAUGGCACCUCGCCUGGGUAUGUUCUCCUAUUAUAUUGUACUACUUCUAAAAAGGAAAUGUACAGAAAUUCUCCUUUAUAAAUAUAUUUUUGUUUUACUUCAUCUCGUCGUAUAUUCCUUGUUUAACUCUUCACUGCACUGCUGUCAUUGUGUUGCCAUGACUUUCUUUCCUCUCUUGCACUCUUAGAUGGACUAAAGGUGAUUGCCAUGUUUUUAUUGCUGUUAAAUACAAUGUUCUAGAAUGUAUAUUUGUUACGUUUUUCUAAUAACUCUUAGUCCAUAUUAAAUGAUUCUUGCGUUGCCCAUUGUAUGUUGAAAUAUUGUUCCCUCUGCGCGCUAAAUGAAUAUAAUCAUGGAAGAUGUUUGACCACGUGGCCCAUAUAAACGGAACCAAAUCUCCCGUACAUGUUGUACUGGAUUACCCCUCUAUUACCCCAGUGGAUCUGGCUCACCUUUUACUUUCUUUAAAGAUUUAAUGUGCUGGAGCAUAUGAAAAUGUAUGAUAUCUUUUAAAUAAGGAAAUGGUGUGGAGUAAUCGGUAUUUUCAAAUAAACUUGGUUAUAUACAAUUGUU